UCUUUUCCGUAAGCUCGCUCGCUGAUCGGCCCCAAAUCCAAUCGAUCGACACCUUCCCGAAUAUUCUCUGGUUCGGUUGCUUUCUGGAUAAUCUCGUCGUCGAUUGUUGGAUUGAUUGAAUCCUCGAAGAAGAAUAAAGCUGAUCGUUGAAAAUGCCGAAGAAAAUGGGGGUUAACAGCAAGGCGGAGGCGUCUAGGGCACGGAAAGGUGCUGCCGAAUCCGAGCGCAAAGAGCGCGAAGCCAGAGAGAAAGAGGAUCAGUACUGGCGAGAAGCUGAGGGAGCCAAGUCGCGAGCCGCUAAAAAACGUGAAGAGGAAGCGGAGAAGCGAGCCGAGGCUGCCGCCAAGAAAGCUGAGGCGCGUCGCUUGGCCGAGCUGGAAGAGAAAGAGCUUGAGAAAAGCAUGAAAAAGCCCGAUAAGAAGGCGAAUAGGGUUGCUGCGCCAAUGCCUAAGGUGACAUCGGUGGAACUGCGUCGUCGGAAGGAGGAGGAAGACGAGGCGAUGAAGCGGCGCAGCGAGGAGGAGAAGAAGAAGCAGAGCCGGGUCGCGGAUGAGGAGGAGUAUGAAAGAAUGGUGACUGUUGCGAAUGUAAAUCGUGAUGAUACUAUUAUUGAGGCGCGGACGGUGGAGGAAGCUAUUGCGCAGAUGGCCGUUGCUGAUAGUUUGCCGGUGGAUAAGCAUCCUGAGAAGAGGCUCAAGGCUGCAUUCAAGGCUUUUGAAGAAGCUGAGCUUCCAAUAUUGAAGGAAGAAAAACCAGGUCUCACACAUACUCAAUACAAGGAUUUGAUUUGGAAACUUUGGAAGAAAUCUCCUGACAACCCUCUAAACAAGGUGGCUGACAAGUGAUGAGGACAUCUUUUCAUGAACACCUUGUAUCAUUCCUAUUGGCCAUGAUGAAUUUGAGCUGCAGUAUGCUGACCUCUGCGUGAGACAGCCUCACCCUCCUGCCUCGGACACAAAUACCGUGUUUACAUCACAUGAUGCAUUGGAUAGGUUGAUAUAAUAAAUCAAACCUGGACAGCCAAUCUAAAAAUAAAAACUUUGAUUUCUAUGUAUAUGAAUGAUCCUUACCACAAGAUAGCAUUGACAUGGUUUUGGCAGCUACUGAUAAUUUGCUUGUAACAUAAACAGCUUUUUAUGAAAGAAUGCUGCCAUCCAUGUUGUAAACUGGAAAAUUCAAGGAUGAUACUGUUCAUUCGCGUGGAUGAUUACUAGAAUGUGUGUUUAUUGUUUAUAGUUUUGAUUGUUUGGGACAUGGCAUGCUGGGACUAACAAUGCAGCUUCUUAUGUGUUUGUUCUUGUACUGUACUUUGAAUGGAAAAUGCUGUUUAGGAUGUUUUA